CCCCCGACUUUUUCACCUCCGUCCUCCUCCCAAGCCUCAAGCUCUCCCUCUUCGCCACCCUUUCCCACUUCCUCCCGCUCGCCGCCUCUCUCACGUGGCCUAUCGAAUGCUCCAAGCCCUUCCUCCCUCUACGCUCCUUCAUCCGGCGCCGUCGGAGGAGUUCCCCUCACCGUAUCCCAAUCCGCCGCCGACUUCCGCCACCUCGCCUCCGACGUUUCCCAAAUACGCAGCGCCGACUUGUCCCGCCCUUUUGUCCCCGUCUUGCCAUCUACCGACUCUUCGGCCGCCGUCGUCGCGCUCCAGAUCACGUUGUUCCCGGGCAAAGGGUUUUCCGUCGGGAUGACGUGUCACCGCGCCGUCCUCGACGGUAAAUCCUCCAGCCUCUUCUUCAAGGCCUGGGCCCACUCAUCCAAGUUCCCCACGGCCGCGCUGCCUCAAGAACUCACGCCGUUUCUGGACCGGUCCGUCGUCCAUGACCCAGACGAUAUGUGUCGGGCCUACCUCCACUGUCGGGCCCAUUCGGGGCCCGACCCAAGAAGCUUGAAGCUUCCACGGUUCACAUCCGCGCCCGAGUUGGUCCGGGCGACAUUCCUGCUCUCCCGAGAACGAAUCCAGAACCUAAUGCAAAGGGCCAUGAUGACGAAAACGACGACGUCAUCCAGUCUGUCGAGUUUCGUGCUGUCCUUCGCCCACUCGAUUGUUUGCAUCGUGAAAGCCAAACGGCUGUCGGCGGAAGGAGUGGUUCACGUCGGCUUCAUGGCGGACGCCAGGAGCCGGCUGACGCCCUCCCUGCCGGCGAACUACCUGGGGAACUGCCUCAUCGGCAAGUCGGCGUGGAUGGAAGUGAGGCCACUGUUGGGAGAAGGGGGAAUGGGUUUUGCUGUGGAGAGGAUCAGCGGGAUGAUGGAUGAGUUGGAGGAAGAGGGAGGUCGUCGGCUGACGGAGAUUCCGUCAACCUUUGACGGGAAGAUGGAGGCGAGCCGAGGUGUGUUCAUCGGGGUCGCUGGGUCCCCCAGGUUCAGGCUGUACGAAGCUGAUUUCGGGUGGGGGAAGCCCAAACACGUGGAGGUGACGUCAUCCGCAAGCAUUUCCAUGGCGGAGUGUAGGGAUGGGAGCAAUGGGAAAAAAUCCAAAAAUGCAGGAGCAAUUAAAAAAAUUUCCUAA